AUGGUGGUUUUUCAUUUGUAUGAUAAAUUUUAUGCUCUCUUAAUAAUCUAUUCACCAUUUAGUAUGUCAUUGGGCAGGCUCUUAGGUCAUGGCACCAGGCGUGAUGAACCUACUCCAAGCCAGUGGUCGAUAGUUUUGGUUCAAGCUGCUGGAGGGAUUUUUGCAGGUGCUACUGCAUCCUGCAUUACAACGCCAUUGGACACUAUUAAAACUCGAUUGCAGGUGAUGGGACACGAAAAGAGACCCACUGCAAGACAAGUAGUUAAAGGAUUGAUCAAAGAUGAUGGUUGGACAGGAUUAUAUAGAGGACUGGGUCCACGGUUUUUCAGCAUGUCAGCAUGGGGAACAUCAAUGAUACUAGCCUACGAAUAUCUAAGUUGGGACACUUCCUUCUUUUUAUAA